AUGUUCGGCUUUGGCGAAGCAAAGGAGGCCCGUGACGAGGUCUACGACGGCCAGCCGCACGACUCCAAGCUCUCCCACGAGCUGAUCGGCAGCGCCGCCGCCUUCGAGGGCAUGCGCCUGUGGGAGAACGAGCAGCGCAAGGAGGGCAAGGCGGUCGACCACGGCCUCGCCAAGGAGAUGCUGGCCGCCGCCGCCGGCUUCGAGGUCGACCGCCUCGCCGAGACCAAGGGGCUCGACUUUGUCGACAAGGAGCGCGCCAAGCACCACGCCAAGAAGCAGGCCGAGCAGCUCUACGACCAGCAGUACGGCGGCCAGGACCAGUAUGACCCGAACUCUCAGGAUCUGCCCGGCCACUUCCGCGACUACUAA